AUGAGAAUUUUCUUAAUAAUUAUUCCAAUCCUCUUGUUGCUGGCGACUCAAGGAGGACAAUCUGCGUUGCUUUCAAAACUUUCGCCAACAUCCACAAAAUUAAUUAACCUCAAAACCAAUGUUAAAUCACCCGAACCUACUAACCUCGAAAUUAAUGGCACUGAUUUGGUAGAUGGAUGUGCGAAUAUUCACAAUAAAUUUAAAGCAGCAAACACAGCCAGGCAAGAUCUUUCUUUCUCUAUCUCGGAUGUUAGAUCUUGUUAUAAUUCAUUUAAAUUUGAUAAUAACAUAAGAACCGGCACGAUUGAUACUAUUAAGAAAAUUCUCAAUGGAUUUUAUGUGUUUAUCGAUCAAGCUAAGCAACCACCUGAAUCCGGUUUCACUUUUGAUCCAGUUGACAUCUCAAAAGAACUUGAUUCAAUAGCUCAAAAUAAGUUUACUUUUACUCAACAAUUGGCCUUAUAUUCUACAGUUACAGCUGAUGGUUCACAGCAGAUCAAAGUCUUUAAGGAUACUUUGGAUUCAAGUAAUAAAGAUUGUGUGGUUGAUGAAAUCGAUGGUAACCCAGCGUUGGAUGUUAUCAAGCAAUAUGCUCGCGACACCGUAUUUAUCUCUAAAGAUCUUGGUGUUCGAUUCAAUAUGGCAUUAGCUUCAUUGGCAUUGGUUAAUGGAAACAUUCAACUUCAUCCGAGAUCCUCUCAAUUCAAUAUUCGGUUAGUCUUACCAGAUACAGAUUCUAUCACUUACACUUUAAAUUGUGGUUCAGGAACUAAAACUGUUGUAAGAGAAUGGGUGGCUUUUAUAAACAACGGAAAUGAUCUUAAUAGUUUUUCAGAUUCUUCUUCUUACUGGUCAAACUUCUGUGUCAAUCCUUCCGCACCCACACCUUCUCAGUCUCUUACAUCUUCUCAGACUCCUACAUCUACCCAAUCAUCUACAUCUACCCAAUCUCUUGCAUCUACCAAACAUCCUACAUCUACUCAAUCUCUUACAACUACCCAACCUUCUAAACCUCCUAAUUCUACCCAACCUACCCAACCUACCCAACCUACUAAACGUUCUAAACCUAAAUCUUCCCGACAUCCUAAAUCUUUUCCGAAUUCACUUUUAAAAUUUAGAAUACCAAAACGUAAACGAUAUGAUUAUAUGAAUCGUCGUAAAAAACAUCGAAAUGCUUUUGACCCUGUGCAAAUGAAUGAUGCUAAUUUAUUCAAAGAAGAUGUCGUGUUCAGUGAUGCCACAUUAGUUUCUAAUGCAGAUUUGGCUCAAUUUUACAAAUUGAAUAGUAAAAGUAAUAUUGGUAUUGCUAUGAUUUCGUCAGAAGCUGCUACUACAACUGAUAAUGAUGCCUUUACUAGUAUUGCAAACGGUUUCAAAGCAUUGGCAAAUGCUGGUGUUACUAAACUCAUUCUUGAUUUGUCAAAUAACGAAGGUGGUUUAACCGUUAUUUCUCACUUUAUCAAUAAAAUAUUAUUCCCAGGCACAAAUCCUGCUUUCCCAACUGAUUGGAGCCUUACUAACAUUAAAAAGGCUGCAAUUGAAGCCGUUGACGCUAAAAAUCCUCCAUUCUCUGUAUUCAACCGAAAUCUUUAUCUAUCUUUCCCUGAUUCAUUACCUUUUAACUCUAUUGAUGAAUUUCUUAAAGCAAA